AUGUCGAGCACCUCGUCCACUAUGGAGCACGCCUUCUUCUCGUCUUCAUCGACCUAUCCACUGGGGACCGUCGGCGUCGUACAUGCGGGCUUCCUCGCGAGUCGUUCCUGCGGGAAGACCGGGGUAUGGACUGGGUGGAUGUUCCGUAAAAGCGACUAUCCAAGACCGGUAGUCGCUGUUGGGAGGGCCAAGCAAAGUACAAACCCUGAAGAGGAAGUCGCGCAGCAGGAGUGUGAUUCAUUGCCAUACAUCCGCAAGCCAGCCAGUUCUACCGGCUUCCAGGCGGUUAUUACGAGGCUCAAAAGUCUUCUUCUCCGACUCCAGGACAUAACUGUGAUCAACCUCAAUGGCAUUGGCAACGCGUGCUUCAUGGGUUGCAACACUUAUCACCAAUCACCUGUGGCAGAAAUAGCCUGCGUUAUGAGAUUUAUUGCGCAACUACUCCGCCGUGACUUCAAGGUCUUUGACGCGUGGAGUAAAUCUGGACAAGUACAAUGGACAUUGGACGUUGACAACAGACAAUAUUCCAGUAACUCGAUCGCGGAUAUCUGGAUUCUUAAGUUGACAUUCUACCCGAUCCGAGUUCAUCUCAGUCUUGUCACCGUCACCUGCGAGCGCAAUGCUGGACUGCAUGUCUUCGGUCUUCACCAGAUUCUGAAACUUGAAACGUGGGAGAGUCGCUCAGUAUGUAUUGAUCUACUCGCACUCAUUGUCGAGGGACGCAUGGAACAAUUUGUGGAGCAUGUCGUAUGGGGUCGAACCUCACAAACUCGACUGAAUUACGGCAACCCUAGGACCAAGUUACUGCCCCUCGUUCCCGCGCAAAUUCAUCCUUAA